AUGUUCACUAAUACAGUUUCGAUCAAAAAUUCGGGCAAAGUAUAUGAGAUAGACGUGGAUUCGAGCACCUCAGGCUCCCAAUUCAAGGAGAAGAUUUUCGGAAUCACAAACAUUCCCGUUGAUAGACAAAAAAUCUUGAUUAAAGGAGGCAAAAUCGAUGAUUCUAAGCCAAUAGAAGAGCAGGUUUCGAGCCAGAAACAACCAAUUAUGGUACUUGGAAACCCUGCUCCGGCUGUGCCUUCAGAGCCUGUUGAAAAGCAAGUUUUUCUCGAAGAUUUGAACCCAAAUCUGUUGAUAAAAGUGUCCAAUGAGCCAUCAGGAUUGGUUAAUUUGGGAAAUACAUGCUACUUAAACUCAUCUUUACAAGCGUUGUUUCAAAUUGAUGAUAUUGCGAGCAAGGUGGCGAAUUACAAGUCUCCAAAUGGGAUAAACAGCACAUCCAACGAAUCGUUGACCGCGUCUUUGCGGGCAACAUUCGACCAAAUGCAGAAAAAGCAGGAAAGGGUGAAUCCUAUGUUGUUUCUCACGUUGUUUCGUAACGUCUUUCCUCAGUUUGCAGAACAAGAUCAUGGUUUCUACAAGCAGCAAGAUGCUGAGGAAGCCUUCCUGCAACUUUUGACAAUUCUAGACCAAACGUUAAAGGUGGGUGACAACUUCCGGUUGUCUUAUAAGAAGGAACAGAAAUGUUUGGCGCUUCCUGAUGAAGCCGCCACGGUAGAUUACGAAGAUUCGUUGAAAUUGAAUUGUCAUAUUGACAUCAAAACUAACUUUUUGAGAGAUGGCAUUUUGAGUGGGUUGAAGGAAACAAUCGAAAAAUAUAACGAUACUUUACAGUCUAAUACCGAGUACGAGAUCUCUCGUACAAUCACCAGACUUCCCAAGUAUCUCACUGUUCAUUUCAUGCGAUUCUUCUGGAGGAGGGACACGCAGAAGAAAUCCAAGAUCUUGAGACGAGUUCAGUUCCCUUUCGAACUCGAUUUGGCCGAGAUGUUGGAUUCUUCGAUAAAGAAUGAUAAAGUUGCCGUCCGUGAUAAAAUCAGGCAAAUAGAAAAGGACCAAGACGAGUUAAUAAGAGAUUUCAAAAAGUCCAAGAAGUCGUCUGGGCUCAAUCCUACAGAGCAAGAGGAAGAAGACCAGAUGAAGAUAGAGUCAAUCAAGUCCAAGUUCAGAGAUGACCUUUCUUCAGCAUUACCAGGAAUGUCGCUUGAUUCCACAACCGAGAACCCAUCAUCGGUGUAUCAGCUUGGGGCAGUUAUCACCCAUGCUGGGUCAUCGGCGGAUUCUGGACAUUACCAAGCAUAUGUAAGAGAUCCUAAGGAUAUUGAAGGCAUCAGAUGGUGGAAGUUCAAUGACGACAAAGUAUCUGAGGUGAGUAGAGAAAAGGUGGAGACAUUGGCCGGAGGCGGCGAGGCAGACAGUGCAUUGAUCCUCAUAUACAAAGGUGUCGGUCUUUAA